AUGGCCCAACCACCGCAAGAUCUUAGCUACCUUGACUAUGGCGCGCCGCCAAACCGGUCCCCUGGCUCCAGACCUAGCUACACGGGCGCUUUCGGAGGCGGUCUCUCGCUCCCUCGACAGACUCAACGACCCUUCGAUCCCCCUAUGGGGUCCACCGCUCUUUACCCAUCCGACAGGCACGGCGGCUACCACCCGCGAGGCAUGGACAACAUGAACAAUGGCGGCGGGAUGCCCAGCUACUUACUCGACAACAACCACCAGCACUGGUCUCAGGGAGGCAGUGGUGUUGCAACCGUUAAUGGGGCCGUCAAUGGACCCAGCAGGCAAAGAAGUGUCGGCCGCCGUGCAGCCCUCCCCCAGAACUGGACAGAUCACGGAGGCAUGGGCUUGUCCUCCAACAUGCAGGGCUUCCCAAGUGGCCUCAAUGGCCUCGGCAACGGAGGCCUUCGCGUCGAACAUCCCGGCACCCACGCUUCUCCUUCCGACCUCCGCUCGACCGCUUCAGACGGUGACCAACUGAUCCCGACCGCCAUCGUUAUCAAGAACAUUCCGUUCGCUGUUCGAAAAGAAACGCUGGCUUCCAUCAUGCUCGAACUCCACCUUCCCCAGCCCUAUGCCUUCAACUACCAUUUCGACAAUGGCGUUUUCCGAGGUCUUGCAUUUGCCAACUUCCAGUCGGCCGAGGACACUAGAAUUGUCAUUGAGGCCAUGAACGGCAUGGAUGUCCACGGCAGGAAGCUGCGCGUCGAGUACAAGAAGAUGCUACCGGAGGCUGAGCGAGAGCGCAUCGAGCGUGAGAAGCGUGAAAGGCGCGGGCAGUUGGAGGAGCAGCACCGAGCACCGCUCCUCCAUCAGCAAAGCUCUAUCCAGUCACUUGGAAGCAUGGCCCAGGCCCAGGCAAGGGGCACCCCGAGUCAUUCAGUCGAUGCAGGCGACAUUGACCUCAACGACCCCCAGACCCUCGAAUUCUACACUGAGCUGGCCAUGUUCAAGAGGGACGAGUCGCGCGAGAUCCUCAUCUUCCCUGCCGGAAUCGCACCCGAGCAUCGACGUUCCAUUCAUAUCCUCGCGCAUCACAUGGGGUUGGAACAUCAAUCCAUUGGUGAAGCUGAUUCCCGCCAGCUUACUGUGCUGAAGCGACAGCCUUCCCCCAAGGCCAACAACGCCCCUGCUCCUUCCUCUUCCUUGGACAUGCACAAGAGGGGACUGAGCCGAGCUGCCACGUUUGACUUUGCUGCUGAUCGCGAGUCUCGGGGAGGUAACAGCAACCUCACACACGUCAUGGGACGACAGGGCCCUACCCUUGAGCUUCCUGGGAGCCCCGACGGCAACGCGAUUCCCAACAACCUGCGCGCUGCCAAGAGUUUCGCCGACCUUCGCUCCUUCACUCCCAGCCCUUCGCAGGCUUCCUCCAGCUACCUUGCCCCUGGCGGUGGAAUGGGUGGACAGUCCGCAGCACGAUAUGGCGAUUAUAUUAGCAGCCAUCCCGGCAGCUCCGGGACACCUGGCCCCAAGGACAACGGGCUCAUCAGUGGUCUAAGCAACUUGUCGCUUGGUGCUUUUGACUCCAACACCCUUCAAACCCAGUCGCGCAGCACCCCUGGAGCUAUUGGCAGCCAGCGUCCCGGCGCCAACGGUAACUCCAAGGGCGCACCCGAGAGGCAGCCUCGGGGCCCUGAGUGGGAAACAUCCACCGGUUUUGGUGGACGCGGUCGAUCUAACGGUCAUGUGCCUCGCGGUAGUGAUUCUUCAGACAACGGAGCUCGUGUCGCAACGAGUUCGUCCGGCGUCUCGAGGUUUCACUAA